GGGGAGGCUGCCACCGCGCGCGCAUACACCCACCAGCUCGCUCUCGAGGAAGGCCCUGCUGGGGCUGCAGCCCCCUUUCUGGGCGUGUGGCUGCCUCCGCCUCUCGGGGAAGGUUAUGCACUUGUGAUUCCCUUUCUUCCUCCUCCUCCUGCCGCUUCCUCCUUUAUGCCAGUGGAGACCCUCUGUGCCUGACUAGCCCAUGAGCCUCCUCGGGAGCUACCGGAAAAAGACCAACAAUGAUGGCUAUGAAUCUUUGCAGCUCGUGGACAGCAACGGUGACUUCUGCGGCAGCCGGGAGCGAACCGGCGGUGGCGGAGGCAGCAUCAGCAAACAAGGGGUGAUCCCCGCGGUGGUGGCGGCAGCAGCAGCAGCCCGGAGCCCAGCGCGACAGCAGCACCAGCCGCUCGACUGCAGCACCAUGGACAGCUCAGGUGCCUCGUCUCCGGACAUAGAGUCUAACUAUGGGGGAGGCCUGUUAGACAUGAUGAAAGGAGGAGCAGGGAGACUGUUCAGCAACUUAAAGGAUAACUUGAAGGACACUCUUAAAGACACUUCUACGAAAGUUAUGCAAUCUGUUGCAAGCUACACCAAGGGAGAACUAGAUAUUUCUUACAUUACCUCAAGAAUUAUUGUGAUGUCAUUUCCUGGUGAAGGAGUUGAACUAGGAUUUAGGAAUCAUAUUGAUGAUGUACGGACGUUCUUGGAUACAAGACAUCCUGACCACUACACAGUUUUCAAUUUGUCACCGAAGUCUUAUCGUACUACCAGGUUUCAUAAUAGAGUAUCUGAAUGUAGCUGGCCAAUUAGACAAGCACCAAGUCUCCAUAACCUCUAUGCUGUAUGUAAGAACAUGCAUAACUGGUUGCAGCAGAAUCCCAAAAAUGUUUGUGUCAUCCACUGUAUGGAUGGUCGUGUAGCAUCAGCAAUCCUGGUCAGUGCAAUGUUCUGUUUCUGUCAUCUCUUCUCUAACCCAGUUCCUGCCAUUCAGUUGUUAAAUUCAAAGAGACCUGGAAUAGUACUCUGGCCAUCCCACAGAAGGUAUGUAGGAUACAUUUGUGAUCUAAUAGCAGACAAACCUAUUCAACCUCACUGCAAGCCUCUAACUAUCAAAUCAGUCCUCUUCAGUCCAGUGCCCUGUUUCAACAAGCAGAGAACUGGCUGCCGGCCUUUCUGUGACAUUCUUAUUGGAGAAACCAGAAUCUUCACAACCUCCCAAGAGUAUGAAAGAAUGAAGGAAUUCCGUAUUCAAGAAGGAAAAGUUGUAAUUCCAUUAGGAGUCACUGUCCAUGGCGAUGUAGUGGUUUCUGUCUACCAUAUGCGAUCAACCAUUGGGGGACGACUUCAAGCUAAAAUGACGAACACACAAAUAUUCCAGAUUCAGUUUCAUACUGGAUUUAUAGCCCUGGGAACAACUGUAUUAAAAUUCAAUAAACCUGAAUUGGAUGCAUGUGACUCGUCAGACAAGUACCCCCAGCUGUUCCAUGUCAUGUUGGAGAUAGAAAUAGAUUCUGCUGAUAGACAGACUGAUCUAACACCUCCAUGGGAAAACUUCACAACAAAAGAUAUCAAUCCCAGCAUUCUUUUCUCAUCACACCAGGAACACCAGGACACCCUUGCCUUGGCAGAUCAAAAACUGGAGAGAAGUAGCUCUCAUCCCAGCUCUGAAGACCGGGCGGCACUGGUGCAUGAAGAAAGUGAGCAGUCAGAUGAUGAACUCUUAUCCCUCUCCAGUCAGCAUAGUAACACCAGCAGUGACAAAAUCCAUGGGCCACCAAAGCAUACCAAGAAGCAUCAAGAGCCACCAGGUCCACCACCCCCAGAGGAUGUCGAUCUUUUAGGCUUGGAAGGCAGUCCUAUGGGCAAGAACUUCCCAGCAGCACCUGCCGCACCGCCCUCAAAUUCAGACUUGCUGAGUGAUUUCUUUGGGGUUGGUAACUCUGGAGGACCAAAUCAAGGUGGACAGUCAGCUGUUGAGGAUGUAUUUCAGAUGGGUGGUACUGGAUCUACACAAUCCACCCCACGGCGGUCUGCAGCUUCAGCAUCCCCAUCUCUGUCCCCAAGAGUAGGAGAAGCAGCUGCCUUUGACCCAUUUGGCGGUAGUCCUAAGAAACCUGCCCCAGAUCUUCUAGGUUCUUUUCUUGGUUCAUCAAAUGCCACCACAGAUCCUUUUCUUCAAGGAGCACGGAGUCCUUCACCUACUGUUCAAGGAGAUCCUUUCAAUAUGGCUUCUUCUAGUACACCAUCUGUUUCCAUUCAGCCAGAUGUUUCAGGUGAUUGGGAAUGGCCUAGCAAAUCAGGUGGUCUACGUAUGGGGAGCAAAUCAGCUGCUACCAGCCCAACAGGGUCACUACACAGCACACCUACACAUCAAGCCAAACCACAAACACUGGAUCCUUUUGCUGACUUGGGAGCUCUUGGUGCAAAUCUGGCAGGUUGUCCUUCCUUUGCUAGCAAACCCAGCACACCGACAGGAAUGGGUGGAGUAUUUCCUCCUAUGGGGUCACCACAGAAACCAUCUCCUCAGCCAGUGGGAGGAGGCAGCUGGCAACAAGGCACUGGAUACUCUUGGCCACAAUCACAGACCAAACCCCAACAAAGCAUGCCACAUUCCUCUCCUCAGAACAGGCCUAAUUAUAAUGUGAGUUUUUCUGCAGCACCCGGUGGCCAAAAUGACCGUGGAAAAGGACCAGGCAGUUCUGAAUCUAAACCAAAAGUUUCUGCUGAUUUUGAAGACCUCUUAUCUGGUCAAGGCUUUAAUGCUCACAAAGACAGAAAGGGACCAAGAACAAUAGCAGAAAUGAGGAAAGAAGAAAUGGCCAAGGAGAUGGAUCCUGAAAAAUUAAAAAUCCUUGAAUGGAUUGAAGGAAAGGAGAGAAAUAUAAGAGCCUUGUUAUCCACAAUGCACACAGUACUAUGGGAAGGAGAGACAAAAUGGAAACCCGUGGGCAUGGCAGAUCUUGUUACUCCAGAGCAAGUAAAGAAGGUUUACCGGAGAGCAGUGCUUGUUGUGCAUCCUGAUAAAGCUACGGGGCAGCCAUAUGAACAAUAUGCAAAGAUGAUUUUUAUGGAGCUCAAUGAUGCCUGGUCAGAAUUUGAAAACCAAGGCCAAAAGCCCUUGUAUUAGCGUACUUCCUCAGACAUUGCUGUAGACCUGUGCUAGUGCUCAUAUAGUUCCUUGCCACAAGAUUUUCACAGCUGAAUUAGUAUCUGGCUGGAAAUUUGGGAAAAAAAUAAAACUAGCCCUAACACUAAAACCUUUCCGUAUGGAGAGCGGGUAGGUAUGGAAGGUGCUCCUUACGUAUGCCAUGAAUUACAGAUGCAAAGAGAGGAGUUCUAGAAAUUAAUCUUAUAAUGUUCUUUCAGGUAUAAACAGGGUAGGUAAGGAUGCAUUUUAGAAAACUGGGUUUGCUUGUCUUGGAGCAAGUGAGGUGAAAUUAAUGGUCUCUUUCACUACGAACCAAAUAGAUGCUGUGUCACUAGGAAUGUGGCUUAGUCUUGAAAGUUUGUAUCCAGGACAAGCUUUGUCAAAACAAAACAUAAGGAUGUUCAUAUGUGGUUAUUUGCUGUACACUAAACUCUCAUAAUAAUUUGACCCUUCAAUUACUUAUUGUAGUUUCUUUUUUUAAUAUGACAGCUAGGCAACUGGAUAUGUCUUUGGCAACUUACUGCUGCCUUAAACAUAGUACUGUAUUUUGUGUUUCAGACAAGCAGAUAGCUACAUUUUACACAAACAAAGAAUUUGGGAAGUGUCUUUAAAUUAUUAUUUAUUUAUUAACAUGCAAAAGCUGUUGAAGCAUUAUCAACAGACCACUAAAGUUGUUUGCUGUUCAUUAUUAUUAAAGUAAGGGUGCAAGAAUACCUUGCAAAAAAUUCCCAGUUAGAAAACAACACUUUAAAACCUGCCUCUGAAACAAACUUUGCUGCCUUCUUCAGCAUUGUGAAGUUAUGUUCUUAAUUGAUUCAAAUUGUAUAUUUAAAUUGAAUCAAAUAUCCAGUUUUUCCAGAGCAUUUGUGAACACAAGCUAAUGUUACAAUGUAGCCUCACCUUCUGAACUUCUAUAGGUAACUUACUAUGUUCAUGUAGUUUUGUAAGAUCUGAGGUGAGCAAAAAUACGAAAAUUUACUUACUUACUAAAGUUAUAUUGGCCCAGUAAGCAAUAAUGUUCAUAUAUUCACAUUAUGGUAUCUGAUGAUAAAACAAAAGUACCGUAUGUUCUCUCAUCUAAUGAAACUAAUUUUACAUAGCACUUUGAACUGUUUCUCCUUUUGCAGAGAAACUUAUAAUGGGAGUUUUAUUUAUUGACAUUUCCUGAAUGAAAUCUGGGCUCUGCCUUGCAUGGGGUAGAUUAAUAUUAUCUGGUCUCCUCUCCUUCAAGCAGUUGAUAGUUAAAUCAAUGUGCAGCAACAGCCAUGUGAAACUUGGUUGUUUAUAGAGGUCCAAUGUAUUUAUAGAUGCUGAUACAAUAUCUUUCUUGAAAACCAAGUACUGGUAUCUACAGGCUGUUGAAGGCAUCAUACCACCUGACUCCAUUAAACAUUGGAUCCCAUUAUGCAGCCGAUUUCUUCAUGGAGUUGUUGCAUAGUAGCUACAAAAGUCACUGUAUGGGGAAAAAUGGUAACCUGCACCUGCCUUUUUGAUGUUCAACAGGUGGACAGAAAGGUUUCCACAUGCAGGGAAAACUCUCUAGAUGACGUGAAAAUCUUGGUCAAAUUGGUGUUUUAAGACAAUCUGUUUUCUGUUGUUCUGUUUUCUUUAUAGUGGGAAACCCUUUUCUGCAGAUACAGCAUGUCCACCAGCCUACGUUUAUUUUUAUAUUAAAUGCCAUCUUUUUGUUGUAUUGAUCCAUUAUUUAUUGCCAUUACUGCCAAUGUGAAACAAAACACCAAGCUCUCCUUUUUAUAUGUACAAGAUAUUAAGACGUUUGAACAACUAUAACAAACUGGAUGUUAUUUAUUAACAUAUUAUGACAUGUUUUGAUCA